AUGAAGUUUUGUCUGUUCAUAAACAUGUUCUUGAAAAACGUUGCAUCAUGCAUGCUAAUUAUCAUUGCGACUUGUGCGGUUGGCGGUGAAAGUAUUUUAUGCGAUACUUGCACGUGUAAAAAUUCCAUAAUAAAUUGCACAGAAAAUGGAUUGAUAGACAUUUUAGACCUAUGGGACCACACAGAAGUCGUAAAGAAUGCAACCCUCAUGCAUUUCGAUGACAAUGGCAUUGUGCAUGUGCAACAGUUGCCACCGUCUAAAGUUAGAUACUUGUCACUACGACAAAACAAGAUAAACAAAAUAGACGAAAUGGCAUUUAUAAACUUAAAGUUACUAUUGGAACUCGACCUGAGCUACAAUUCGUUGACUGCGGAAAGUCUUAAUCCCGAUAUUUUCAAGACUAGUAUCGAAGAUACUUCUAGACCAGGUAGCUUGAUUCAUUUACGCCUCGAUUACAACAAUAUCCAUUCGCUGUUGCCAAAUACAUUCAAAGAACUCAGUAACCUUGUUUCACUGACACUAGCAGGAAAUCCUUUAACAGUCAUUGAUCGACCAACUAGUUUCGCACUGUCUUCGUUGCCCAUGUUAAAAGUCUUAAAUUUGUCCAAUACAUCAUUGCACGAGUUGCCAAAUCAUCUUUUACACACACCUCGAUUUUUAGAAAUAUUAAAUCUGUCAAACAACGAAUUCACACAAAUCCCACAAGGGCUGGACGAAGCACACGCGUUAAAGAGAUUAGAUUUUAGUUCUAAUCCGAUAAAAAGCAUCUUGAGUUUCCCAAGAAUGGCAUCGUUAAAAGUACUCCAUUUGUCUCACAUGUCAGAACUAAACAUUAUCGGACCACGUGCUCUGAGUCUUCUUAAUGGUCUUGAGGAAUUUCACUGCACGCAUAAUAAUAAACUCAAAUCAAUUGACCCGACUGCGUUUAGCUACAAAUUUAAUGACGGAUCAGAAGGCGAAUCGUGGCCUCGCAUUGUCAAAUUAGAUUUGAGUUAUAACGCUUUGGGAUACUUGGAUAGCCGCUUGUUGAACAGAUGGGACACGUUAGAAGAAUUGAACUUACAAGGCAACAAGUGGAUAUGUGAUUGUGUAAAUCAAUGGCUCGUGUCUACUCUAGCUCCGAUGGCAGAAUCAAGACAUCCGGAAUUCCUCAAUGAUUUCACUUGUCAAGAGCCAAUUGAAAUGAGUGGAAUUUCGAUUCUUGAUUUGGAUCAUCGCCAUUACCAUAUGCGGUGUUUGGAUUUCUACAAUAACCGUCCCGAAAAAGACGGAAUAUUGUUAAUAGGAAUACUGAUUGGCGUCAUAUUGACAGUACCAUUUACAAUGGGAAUCAUGAUGUGCUGUGCAAAACGAAAAAAUUCGUUUUCAUACUAUCAUAGGAUAUUCAAUCAAAAUAAAGCUCCUUAUGCACAUGACUAUCAACUAAGGGAAACGUCAAUCUACCAGCCAACUUCAAUAAUCACCGAUGGAUAUUAA